AAUGUGCGCAAGCCUUAAAGUGUAAGGACACGAAACACGAUAAUCAUGGAUUGACUGAAAAUUACAAUUUAAUUUAUUAUUGAAUAUAAUUCGCCUUCUUUAUUUGAUAUUCUACAAAUAAAGGAGCACAAAGUUCAAAAAGAACAAGAAAAAAAAAUGAAUAUUAAUAAGCUGAUUUGUUUCACGUACAAGUUACAAUAAUUAUGUGCUGAAGAAAAAUUACCUGUUCAAUAUUCAGUUUUUUGUUGUUAAUUAUUUUAAAAAUAACAUUAAGGGUGUAAUAUUUUUCUGUGCAGUUUGAUUUUAUAUUUUUUUAAUUUAAAAGAAAUAAUUAUUUUUUUAAAUUUGUUAGUUUUGAUAUCGGAAGUUUUGUAAUCAUCGACAUUAAUCAAUCAAAGAACUUUAUUUUUGAUUUACGGUAUUUUGACAUACAAAUCACAUGAUGGAGUCGAAAAAGAAGUUGAAGGAAAAAAGAAGGAGCAAUGAUAAAAGGAAAGAAAAAUCACGAGACGCAGCGAGAUGUCGGAGAAGUCGUGAAACAGAUAUCUUUGUAAACAUGGCAGCAGCGUUACCUAUUUCCCCUGAUGAAACAGCUCACUUAGACAAAUCGAGUGUGAUGAGACUAGCAAUCGCGUAUUUAAAAAUUCGUAGCGUUGCCACCGCCUUAAAUAAGCCUCUGGCAAAAACAGAAUCAACAAUUGGAGACGAAUUUUUCUCUCAGGCUUUGGAUGGAUUUAUGUUAGUUCUUGCCAGCAAUGGAGAUAUGGUUUAUCUUUCUGAAAAUGUUAGUGAUUAUCUAGGAAUCUCUCAGUUGGAUAUGAUGGGCCAGAGUGUUUAUGAUUAUAGCCAUCCUUGUGAUCAUGAUGAAAUAAGAGAGUUUUUAUCAAUGAAACCCAAAGACAUUACUGAAAAAUGUUCUUGUAAUUUUUUUAUACGACUCAAAUGCACGUUAACGAAUAAAGGGAAAAAAGUUAAUCUUAAAAGUGCUUCUUAUAAAGUAAUUCAUUGCACUGGGCGCCCAAUGGUUACUUCUGAUAUUGCAAUGAAUGGUGAAUCAUGUGAAACAUCAAUGAUCGAAGAUCAAAAUGGCAACGAAACAGAAGCUUCACAAUUUUCAUCUGGUGUUGCAUUAGUUGUGGUAGGGUGUCCUAUACCUCAUCCAAGUAACAUUGAGAUUCCUCUUGGUCGUCAAACAUUCUUAUCUAAACACAAUCUUAAUAUGAAGUUUACUUAUGCUGAUGAAAGAUUGGCAGAGCAUUUCGGCUGGAAUAAUAAUGAGUUGAUCGGUAAAUCAAUUUUCGAGCUUCAUCAUGCUCUUGAUAACCAUGCUCUUGACAAAUCUUUUAAAUGCCUAUUCAGCAAAGGACAAUGUGAAACUGUAGCAUAUCGAUUUCUCGGCAGGACAGGUGGCUAUGCGUGGGUAGUCACUCAAGCAACUCUCAUUCACUGCACGAAAAAACGCAAACCGUUAUCUAUUGUUUGCGUCAAUUAUAUAUUGAGUGAUAUUGAAUAUGGAGAUGAGGUGUACAGCAUAUGCCAAUUGGAAGCACGAAACUCUCUCAAUAAUCUGAAAAAAGCUAAAAAAGUUGACGAAGACAUAAUAAGAUCUGCAGAAGUACAAAAUAAUUAUGAUUCUGUAAAAUCUACAGAAAAAGUGACAUCUCCAUCGAUUCCAUAUCAAUUAAUAGAAGAUGGUGAUCUGAUUGUAUCUGAAGAAUAUGCUCGACCAUUAGCUCCUGUAAGCUCUGAGAUUGAAAACAAAUUGACAGAUUCAAAGAAAUGGUUAUUCCAGAAUAAACCUGUGAUUGAUUACAACUUGAAUCAGACUCGUAGAAGCAAAUCAGACAAUUCUUCCAUUGAAUCUGUAUCCGAUCAAGACACUCCAUUAUCAAUUACAAAUCGUUCGUCUCCACAAACAGCAACUGCAAGUAUUUUCGCUCCACGAACUGAGGAUAUGAACAAAGGUUUCCUCACCUUCAGUGAAGAUCAACCAGGACUAACGAUGCUAAAAGAUGAGCCAGAAGACCUUACUCAUUUGGCUCCAACGCCAGGAGACGUUUGCGUUCCUCUUGAAGAUACACCAUUCCUUUCAGACAUGCUCGAUGAGUUUAUGUUUGGUAAUGAAAACUAUUGUACGCUGUUGAGCCCAAUUAUACCGACAGAACUUCCAGACUCUAACACUGAACUUAUUGAAGAUACAAUAAAAAAACAUGACAAUUUUGGAGAUACUCUCGAGAAUGACCCUUUUUUCUGUAGGAAUUCAAGCCCGGUUCUCGAUUCGUCUCAAUCCUCAACAAACUUUUUCUCGCAUUCGCCGAGUAAAAGUCCCGAGUUGUUCAGCACGAAUUCGCUGCAUAGUUCUGAUAUUGAUAAUGUGGCUGUUGGAUCUGGAAUUUCAGACGAUGAAUUGCUUAUGCUAAAUAUAGAUGAAGUAAUAGCUGAUGAUGAACUUGUGUCACGCGCACCUUAUAUUCCUAUGUCUGACCAAGAUGAGGCUUUACAGCUGCUAAUCAGUGACAAUAUGGUCAUGUGGGGACCGACACAACCUCCUGAUAAAUCUAACUGGAAUACAAAGAGAGACCGUUCAGAUUAUUACAAAGAAUCUAGUUUGGCGAAAUUAUUAAAGAACGAUAAUGAUCAAGAUAAACACGAGUAUGUCAUUUCCAUGGAUUCAGAUCAGAUUCUCGACCAGACUUCGAAAAUUGGAUACAAGCGAUCCAAUAAACGUCUGCACGAGACGUCUUCAUUGAACACAGAAGACACGAAUAAACGCAUGAAGUAUCAAGACAUGAUGAGAGAUAAUUCUCCAUCUAUCACUGUCGCAAAAUCAUCAGACACAAAUUUAUCUCACGCCGUUGAAUUUACGGCCGGUGUAAAUGGUGUGAAACGAAAGAGUCCUCGUAUUGAUGAGAUUAAAACUGCCAAUAAUAAACGAAGCAAAAUGCGUUUGUUGCAACAACUUAUAGAAGAACAUGAAUUAUCAAGUACGAUGAAAUCUGGACAAUUAAAUCAUCUGGUUGAUGGCAUGGAACAUUUUCAAGGGAACGAUAUCGGUGGCGACAUCAACGGUGACAAUGAAAACCUACAGGAACGGCAAUCCAAUAGCGUUCUUAUGAACCUUCUCAUCUCUGGUUGCGAUAAAAUAUAUGUCGACCUGCCGACGCUGCUAGAAGACAUCAACAUAAAUGGGGAUCACUAAGCAUUGAAGAUAUCUAGUGUGACAAGAUGUACAUUAACUUGACUUCAUCAAGUUUAAAGGAUUUUACAAUAAUCAAUAAUAUAUUUUCAUUUAAGUAACACUUAUUGUUUCAAGUUCAAUUUAAAUACUACUAAUAAUACUUUUUGUAACCCGAAAAAUUAUUGUUCAACUCAGCAUUCAUUGAGUUAAGAACUUUUGAGGUCAUAAAUAUAUUGUCUGACACUUCAAUAGACUCUCUGAUUAAAAACUCCGAUUAAAUGCGAUUAAAAAGUUCUAAUCGGGCUUAAUUGGAAAUUUCCGAUUGAGUUAAAUGAAAAUCGAAAAAAAAAAAUUAUUAUUUUCGAAUCAAAUCUGAUUAAAAAAUUUCAAUCGUUUUUAAUCGGAGUUUUUAAUCAGGGUUCCUAUAAAAAAGUGUCCAACUUGUAUCCCAACAAAAAUGACAGCUAUUUAUAGAAAAGAAAAAAAAAUGUAAAAUACAAUUUGCAAGCUAUUUUUAUACACUAUCAUUUAAGAUUAAAAUAUAUUUUUUUUUUAAUACGUUUGGGCUGACAAAUAACUUGAAUGAUGUAUGUACAGAUAGGCGUUUUUUUUUAAAUUUAUAAUGGAACGUAAAGUACUAUUGAUAAGAUAUCAUGCAUUCUUAAAUAACCAUAAAUUUAAAUUUUCUAACUUCUACUAAACAUCUGAUUCGAAUGUUAGAUUAUAAAGCUUGUCACUCAAACUUAUUUGUUUUAUUUGAAUUUUUAAUACUGUUUGAAAACAUCAAUUACUGAUGAAUUAAAUU